UUAUAUUCAGCGCGAGGCACAAAGGCACGGGGACUGGACAGAGACAGCGGCCAAGAUCGGCCUGGAGGAGGGGUGCGCGAGAGUGGACACCGUCCCUUAAAACUGAAAGAAAACCUGGAUUUUAACGGGCAGAGAAUCAUAACAGUAAAGGUUUUUUGUGCGAUUCUGUGAUUCCAAUGCCGGCGCCAUUAAGCUAAACCGGAGAGAUUUGUGGAAGAGGUCGAUAACUGCAGCCGAUAUCUGUUUCUCUGCCUGAACCAAUACCGACGCUAAUUUACAACAUCAAUAGUCGACAAGCGUGGUUACAACUUUGUUUUCAACUUCUUAUUUAAAGGCGUGCUUCAUUGCCCACUUCGCGGCGGCGUAGGUGAGAUCACUAUAGCUGAUAUCAGCAGCUACUUGAUGAUUAUUAAUAAAUCGUUGAUAGCCGACGAGUAAUUACCCGUGCUCUUUCUGUCUUAUAGUCGACGUAAAGGGAUACAGCUGGAAAGAAGAAAAUACGAAGGGGGCUAUUUGGAAGCGCUUCUGAUUUGGACUUUUGUGCUGGUCCGCCCCUGACAACAAAAUUUGCACGGGGGGAAAUUGGCAAGCCUGUGCUUGACACCAAGGACUUUGGCGAGAGUGCUGCCAGGACUUCGCCUAAUUGGGCCAUUUUCGGAGUACUCCCACGGGGUUUUUGUAGCACUAACUAGAACCGGAGAAACUGGCGGAGAACGUGUAGCUUGCAUGCAGUAAGGGAAAGCGUUAGAAUAUAGUCAACAGAUAUGACUGGAUUACUCGGAGCAGAGACAGUUUACGUUAUGGCAACUGAGUUUUGCGUUUGAAGAAGGAGAAUGACUGCACGAGAGGGCUUGUAGUUUAGGAAUUUUGAUGCCCCAGUUCCAUCGGUUACUUAUUUUCCCCAGGAAAAGAACCCGUUUUGCGUUCAAACGGAGCGCAAGGAAAUAAGUCCGGAGGCGCUAUCAAUUUGUCGCGCACUGUGUCGGCUUAGUGACCUCGCGCUUGUUCUCGUCAAGCACCGUGGACUGGCAAGGUUGCCCCCAUGGCGAAGAUGGCACCCUCGUGGAAGCGCUGGACUCGGUCGUUCCUGACCCUGGUCCCGUUCAUUGCGUUCCUUGCGCUGGGCAGUUUUGGGACGCAUGCGGCAGACGACGACACUUUCAACGCAGAGUCAUGGCUCCGGAUGUACGGCUACCUCCCCCAGGCCAGUCGGCAGAUGUCCACCCUGCGCACGGCGCAGAUCCUGUCCAACGCCGUCGCCGACAUGCAGCGCUUCUACGGGCUGACCGUCACCGGCAAGAUGGACCCGGGGACCCUCCAGGCGAUGAAAAGGCCUCGCUGCGGGGUGCCGGACAAAUUUGGCGGUCAGAUCAAGACCAACGUGCGACGGAAGCGCUACGCGCUGACGGGGCACAAGUGGAGCAAGGACCUGCUGACCUUCAGCAUCCAGAACUACACGCCGAAGGUGGGGGAGCACAACUCGAUCGAGGCGAUCCGCAAGGCCUUCCGGGUGUGGGAGAGCGUGACGCCGCUGCGCUUCGAGGAGAUCCCCUACCAGGAGGUGAAGUACGGCCGCCGCAAGGACCCCGACAUCAUGAUCUUCUUCGCCUCCCGUUUCCACGGCGACAGCACGCCGUUCGACGGGCCCGGCGGCUUCCUGGCGCACGCCUACUUCCCGGGCCCCGGCAUGGGCGGCGACACCCACUUCGACUCGGACGAGCCCUGGACCCUCGGCAACCACGACCCGAUGGGUAACGACCUGUUCCUGGUGGCCGUGCACGAGCUGGGCCACGCCCUGGGCCUGGAGCACUCCAGCAACCCCAUGGCCAUCAUGGCGCCCUUCUACCAGUGGAUGGACACGGACGACUUCAAACUGCCGGAGGACGACACCCGCGGAAUACAGCAGAUCUAUGGAACCCCGGACGGCGCGCCCACUCGACCCUUGCCCACCGUCACCCCCCGUCGCCCCGCCCAGCCCGAUCCCAGACCUCCCAGGCCGCCCAGCAACCCCCCGGGCCCGCCGAAAACUCCCCCCCACGUCCCCCCUCGCCGACCGGAACGUCCGCGCACCACCGACCGCCCCGACCACUACGGCCCCAACAUCUGCGAGGGGAACUUCGACGCCGUCACCAUGCUGCGGGGGGAGAUGUUCGUCUUCAAGGGCCGCUGGUUCUGGAGAGUCCGGAGAAACCGGGUCCUGGACAACUACCCCAUGCCCAUCGGCCACUUCUGGAGGGGUCUUCCCGGGGACAUCGACGCUGCCUACGAACGGCAUGAUGGGAAAUUUGUCUUUUUCAAAGGGAGUAAAUUCUGGCUGUUCAGGGAGGCGAACCUGGAGCCCGGUUACCCCCAGGAGCUGACGGAGUACGGGCAGGACAUCCCGUACGACAAGAUCGAGACGGCCAUCUGGUGGGAGCCCUCCGGCUACACCUACUUCUUCAGGGGGGAUCGGUACUGGCGUUUCAACGAGCAGUCGCGGGCCGUCGACAGGGAUUACCCCAAACCCAUCAGCGUGUGGGGCUCCAUUCCGGUCUCUCCCAAGGGGGCCUUCCUCAGCGACGACACAGCCUACACCUACUUCUACAAGGGAACCAAGUACUGGAAGUUUGACAACCAUCGGAUGAAGGGCGAGCCGGGCUACCCCAAAUCCAUCCUGCGGGACUUCAUGGGCUGCAGCAUGGACCUGGACCCGGAGGUGGACGAGGACGCGGGGCGCAAGUGGCCCGCCGUGGACCGGCCGCCCUUCGACCCCGACGCCGGGCAGGACCCCGACCGCGACGCCGACCCCGGCGGCGACCCCGGCCGCGACCCCGACCGCGAACGCGACGGCACCAACGACGUGGACUACACGGGCGGCGAGGACGGCGAGGAGGAGGUCAAAGACGUGGACGUGGUGCUCAAGGUGGACAACAAUGACAUCAUCCUGGUGACGGUGCCCCUGGUCCUGGUGCUGUGCAUUCUGGGAUUGAUAUACGCCAUCAUCAGCAUGCUGCAGCGGAAAGGGGCGCCCAGGCUGCUGGUCCACUGCAAGCGUUCCCUGCAGGACUGGGUUUGACCUUUCACCUUUGACCCCACCCCCCCCCACCCACCACCUCCUCCUCCUCCCACUUCCCCAAUUUGCCUCCCCACGGUGCUCUGCCCAAUCCGUUGACUGUAGUCUAUUUAUAUCAGGAACUUUGCACAUUGUUUUGUUUUGUUUUUUUUUUUGGUUCUUUUUUUUUGUUUUGUUUUGUUUUGUGUGUGUGGGUUUUUUUGUUGUUUUUGUUUUUUUAAACCUGGUAAUUGUUUCUCCAGCUUUUCGCUCCACCUUAGUCUGAUUCAGAGCUUCCGCCUGGUACGCCAAUCGUGGGCUGAAUUAAAAAAAAAAAAAAUGAAAAUAUAAA